AUGGCUAAUUCAUCUGAUCGAAAUAAAAUAUAUUUACCAUUUCCCCCAUCUUUCAAUAUAGAUGAUUUUAUUAAAUUGAAAGAAAAUGGUGAAAAACCUAAAAAACUACCUAAUGCUUUCUUGAUUUAUCGUACAUUAUUUCAAAAAGAAAUCCAAAAACAUGGUUUAAAAUUGCAUAUGAUAACUUUAUCAAAAAUGAUUGGUGUAUAUUGGGGAAAAGAAUCAAAACUUAUAAAAGAUGAAUAUGAAAGAAUCUCUAAAGAAAUUGAAAAAAAAUUCUAUGAAAAAUGGCCCAUUCCUUAUAAAAUUCAAUAUAAAAACGAAAUUAAAUUUAAAGAAAAGAAUAAUAUUAAUGAUGAUAAUAUCAAUAAUGAUAAUCAAAAUAUUAAUUUUCAUGAUAAUAGAACUAAUUUUUUUUCAAAUCCAAACAAUAAUAUAAAUAUGAUUAAUUAUCAUAAACAAAUGAUCAAUAAUCAUCAAUACAUGAUUAAUUUUCAUAUUAACGAAUUAAGAAAAUAUGAUCAUUAA